AAGCCUUCUCCACCCCCACCUGCCCCCCCUGCACAAAGCCUCCUGGUGUGGAGAUGCUCAGUUUCUAUGAAAGGCAUUGUGUUUUUCUCAUUUACAUUUCUUGACUUGAGACUUUAGAGUUGGAAAGAGCCUCAGACUAGGCAGCCACUAAGCAUUAGUUGCCUGUUCCAUGUUGAUAGUGGAGACAAGGCUCUUGUGUUCACGUUGGCAGCCCCCGCCCGCCUGGAGACUCCAGUGACAGGAAGCUCCCCACCUGUAUGGAGGCGCCCAUUCUGCUCUGAGAAGGCACUUCCUGGGAGCAGGUCACCCAUUGGUGACUCCUGGGUCCGGCCAAGCAGGAUGCGUGAAUCCCGGCCUUUGCCCUACAAGGAGAGGAGGGAUCAUGGGCUCCCAGGACUCCACCAGGAUCCCCCCCAGAACCUCUUUGGAGAGCAGUCCUUCAGCCCUGACACCCUCCACCAAGGGGAGCCCUGCUUCUCCAGGCAGCCCUUCCUCCUUAGGCACUGGGAAUACCAGGAAUGACGAGAACUCACAGCAACCGACCGUCUUUAAAGUGGGGACAGAAGAGUUUCAGUGGACGCCUUUCCCACCUGCCUUUGCAUUUGUCAGUGGGCAGUUAAGAAAGCCAGACUCUUCUCGUUUCACAAAGGAGAAAAAUCUUCGGGUACUCGAUGAGCAAGGGCAGAAAAUGGGUCCACAGAGUGAGCUUUCCUCCCCGAGCACCUCUGCUGGGGGCUGUGAGAAGCAGGAGGCCAGGCCGGGCAGCGGCGCUGGGGUGAAAAGGCCCUCGGAUCUGAAAGACGGCAGCGUCAGGGCCUCAAAGGGCAGUCUUCCGGCCCACCCACAGCAGUCCCAGCUCAGGAAAAAACAGAGGCUUUGGGUGGAGGGGGCUGCUGCCUCCUCAGCGUCUCCACGGGGCCUGGGCCGCCUCGGGCACUCCUCUGGGAAAAAGCCCAGCCACAGUCUUGACUCAGACGGGGCCAGAGCGGGAACAGAGGCUGCCUCGGCCGGCCCGAGCCAGGAGACCAUGGCCCUCAAUGGCUGUCCGAUGUGCCAGCAGCAGUUUACUGGAAAACUCUCACAGCUGGAUAUCGAUAGUCAUCUCGCUAAAUGCUUGUCAGAGAGUAUUGAAGAUGUGAUAUGGUGAAGUUGGUAGAAAGAGCCCAUGAGAAAUCAAUUUAUAAAGUAGGAAUGACUGUAAAACAUGACCUUCCCCACAGCUGAGUAUGGUUACAAGAAAUGGCCCAGGUCCCCCUAUCCCCUAUAUAAACAUUCCCUCCCUGGACUGUGGGUACUCUGAAGAUUUUUCCUCAAGACCCACUUCCAAACCCAGGUAUCAUCAAAGCACCCUGGGAAGGCAGCGUCCUAGCUGACAAGACUUGCUGACUCUGCCUUUUAAAAAAAAUAGACUAAUAAAGAUUUCAUUUUGAAUAUUGAA